UCGCAAACACUUCACUCCGACGCAAGAGCUCGUGGUGAGCGGGCGUCUCCGCGUACAAAUUACCCGCGUGUGUAAAUACCGUGUUAGUGACUAUUGAAACUGUGCUCUGAAUGAUGUAUUAACUUUUUUUUGUUUUUAUUUUUUUAAAUAAUUAUUUAAUUUUGCGUUCGAAUUUUAAAACUUGUUUCAAUGAUGGGCGUAAGCAGUUGCAUGAGCGUGAGGCAGGCUAGGGGCCCUUGCCACUGUCCCGCGUGCCCUAGGGCUUCGGGACGUGGGGCUCCGAUGCCCCCUCAGACGCUCGUGCUGCCCCCGAUGGCCUUAGAGCCUGAAACGACCCCGGUCAAGGACAAGAAGGGGUCGAAAAUGAAGGUGUUAAAGAAAAUUAAGAAAAAAAUCGGUCUAGCGCCCCGCACCUCAUGCACCGGUGGCGCCCCCAACAACCUGCCGCCGCUCAGCUUCCACAGCGUGCACGGCGAGAAUGUGAGGGUCUCGCGUGACGGCAGCGUCGCGAGGCGUGUGGAAAGCUUCUGCAAAGGCGUCGCGUUUAGCGCCAGACCCGUUAGGGUCAAUGAAAAGGUGUGCAUAAGAUUCGUCGAAAUCUCCAACAGUUGGAGCGGGGUCAUACGUUUCGGCUUCACAACGCACGACCCCUCGACUCUCGCCCACGCGCUCCCGAAAUACGCCUGUCCGGACCUCACCAACAAGCCAGGCAACUGGGCCAAGGCACUGGGCGAACGGUUUUGCGAGAAGGACAACAUUUUGUACUACUACGUCAACUCCGCUGGCGACGUCCACUUCGGCAUAAAUGGCGAGGACAAAGGUCUAUUUUUCUCAGGAGUCGACAUUCGCAGUCCGCUUUGGGCUCUAGUUGACGUUUACGGCAAUUGCACCGCUGUCCAAUUCGCCGAUCCGAGAGUCCCCAAUCAAGUGCGGAGAACGAAUCAGACAGCUGAAGACGAAACUAGAUUAGUUGGCAGCAUGAGGAGUUUAGCCAUUGAAGAGCCGCUGCCGGCUCCGAGAUACUCAAAUCCAUUAGUCCCGUUAAGUUUGCACAGGACCAAAGGGAGGAAUGUCCAGUUUAUAAGCGAUAGGGGAGUCGCAGCUAGGACUGAGGCGGAAUUCUGUCAAGGUUACGUGUUCACUGCUCGCCCGAUGAGGCCGGGUCAGACUAUUGUGGUGCAGAUACUGUCAACGGAAGCCGCGUACGCCGGGAGCUUGGCCAUCGGCUUGACUUCAUGCGACCCUGGUACUCUGAGACCGUGCGAUUUACCGGAUGACGCGGAACUAUUGCUGGACAGACCGGAAUAUUGGGUGGUGAGACGUGAUGCAGCCAACGGUUUGCGAAGAGGCGACGAACUGGCCGUGACCUUGACGAUGGACGGCGAAGUCAGAGUGAGCAGGAACGGCUCGUCACAAGUCACAGUGAUGCAUGUGGAUCACACGUUAAGGCUGUGGGCGUUCGUGGAUAUAUACGGGGCGACGCAGAAGGUCAGGAUGCUGAGCACGCAGACGCCGCAGGCUGCGCAGACGCCGCCGCAGCAGCUGCGCGUGAUCGCGGGCACGGCCGCGCCAAUAGCGGGUGCGGGCGGCGGCACCGUAUUGGUGGUCAGUCUGCCGCCGCAGAAUGGCGCGCAGAAUGUGGCCAAUCAUCAACAGGGACUGACUCUGGCCAGCGCGCAUUACAUUGAGCCAAUCCAAACAUCCUCACAACUCUGUCUCGCGAACCUCCAACCAAUCACAAGCCCUAGUUGUCAACCGGCACCGUAUCAGCGGCCGAGGACUGACCAAUGUCAGAGCCAGAACUCCUGCUCCAAUCAAAACUCGUGCAACGAACAGGUAAUACCCAAUGGGAUAGCUGAAAAUCUCCGAUUACCCGACAGAAUUCAAAAUGGUCCUUCGACGAGCAGACAGCAGCCGAUAUACUCCGUAAUCGGGGAGGGUAACCUCACGGGCACAGAGUGUACUAUAUGUUAUGAAAAUCCUAUCGACAGUGUGUUGUAUAUGUGCGGACAUAUGUGCAUGUGUUACAGAUGUGCUGUGCAGCAGUGGCGGGGCAAGGGGGGAGGUCAGUGCCCUCUGUGCAGAGCACAGAUCAAAGACGUUAUUAGGACUUACAAGUCUUGAUCGGUUUGCGUUUCUGACAAGUUCUGUGUUGUCGUUUCUGCUUGAUGUUUUUCCUUUUUUUUUUUUGUCUAAACCUAAAAAAGUUUUGUAAGAAAUUCUGUCUUUGCCUUCGAAAUUCGAAUUCGAAUUCUAUAAUUUGAAAAUUCGUUUUAACAGUUUUUAAUAAAAUAAAAAAAUGGAGUAAAAGUUUCUUUUUUGGAAUGUGACAACACUGAGCUUGCGAUUUCGCGGACACGUCAAUAGAUGGCGCUGUUGAAUGCCAAAUAUCCGGUUAAAAGUCGAUGUAUUGUAUUUAAUUCGUUUGUAAGGUAGGAAUAGGCGACACGUCAUUAAAAGCCUUUAAUAUAAAAAUUUGGUUAGUUUAUAGUUUUGGAUUACUACGAAAAAUAAUAAUAUAUAACUUAAUAUAAACAAAUUUAGUUUAGUUUUUAGAUAUAUAUGAUUUUGGCACGUGAAAUGAUUCUAAAUAUACGUAAAAUGUGUUAAUUUGUAUCAAAAAACACUUUAGUUUUUUUUUUAUUGUGAUAAUAUUAAAUCACAAAAGGACUAAGGAUAUUAUAGUAAUGGGAGUAUUUAGAAUUGUUUACUAUUUGGUAUUAAAAUAUGUAAAUUAUUGAAAAUUCGGAGCUAAUUAUGACUUGAAAACACUCGGACAUACAAUUGACCUAAUCGAAAAAUUUUUAACGACAUAAAUAUUUAUUAUUAAUACGUAUAUUUAUUAAUAAUAAACGAAUUGUCAUCACCUAAUUGUGUAUUUAUGGCAUUAUUGUAAUAUUAUUUAAGAAUUUAUAUUUAGUUUUGUUUUUCUACAUUUAUCAUUUGACAACAUUGAGAAAAAAAAUACAAAUUAAAAAAAAAACACACUUGAUUUUGACAUAUUUUAUUUUUCGAUCAUUUGAGGCUAUGGUUCUGUAAAUAUAGAUAUUAUAUACAGUAGACACUGCUAGGAAUGUUAAAUGUGUAAGGAUGUAUAAAAUCUCAUUUACCACAAAAUAACAUAUCAUGCUGUCUUUGUCCUGUGUAGUCAAGAUGAGUGAGACAGAAUGACGUAUUGUAUGCUAUUGGGAAAAUGGGGAAAUAAUAGAUUAGACUGUUUAAAUGAAUCGUAAACAACUUGUGAAUAUUCUACAUUUAUCUAUUCAAGGCAAUCAUUUUAUAACAGGUCUUAAAAAAAUAAAAUAUUCUUCUUAAUGCCGUCAAAAGUAAGGGAAAAUGUUUUUGUUUUUUUGACACAGUUUUGAAUAUAACAAAUGUUGUGCAUUUCAAAUCCACGUCACAUUUGUUCAAGUAAUUUUUUUUUUGUUCAAAAAAUGUUUAACAAAAAAAAACCAAUAAAUGAUUCUCGUGAAUAGAUAUUUAAGCAAACGAUGUAUGUACGUCCAUAAUAAUACAUAUUGGUGAUAGUUAUAAUGCAUUUAGUAAAUUAUUGUCAUAUCAUUAUUAUAAUUUUGUAUAAGAUCUUUUUUAAACGUUAGUAAGCUCAGCCCAGGUGGCUGUUUAAGUCGCUGUUUAGUAAAUACAUUUUUAUAUAAACCUUAUCACUUAAGAUACAUGAGUGCACACUAGCGCCACAGUUUAUUAGCGAAAACGUCGGCCACCAAAAUCUUCAUAGUAGACUGGACUACAUCGGGUAAUGGAAAAAAAAAACUUUAAUAAUUUGCAAUAAAUUCCUUUAUCCAGUCUAGAAUAAUUUGGAAAGGGGAUUUUUUAGUUUUCGCUAAUAAACAAAAGAAAUUGGUGGCGCUCGUGUGCAGUUAGGUAUCACCUUGAAGACCGAAAUACCAUAUUAUAAUAUAUACCAGACACAGUCUUUGUACUUUUUUUUCAAUUUUACAAAUUCUACGUAUCGUCUAUACAGAGUAUUACAGAGUGACUUGUUGAUCACUGGACAUCUUGUCUAUAUGCUCAGUCCGUGAUACUGAGAAACUUUUCUAAUGGGAGCGACGCGCUGUUCCAUACAACAUACAAGUCUCAACCUUACUUUGGGUUGGGGCUAGCUCAAUCUGUGUGAUUUGUCCUAAUAUAUUUAUUUAUUUAUUUAAUAUAUUUUAUUUAUAUUUAUACAACAUAAAAUACCUAAGGUAAAUGUAUGGAACAACAGAUUUUUUUGUUUUUAUUUGUACUGUGCUGUAUGUACUAAUAUGUGUGAGCAAAUAAACGUUUUUUCUUUCUUUUUUAUGCGAUUUCGUGGUUGCUCCCAUACGAAGAGUUGUUCAGUGUCAAAGUGACCAAAAAGCCUCUCUGGGUACUAUAAAAUUGCAUAAUACUAUUCUACACGACUAUUUACUCUAAAAUAAACAAAUCUGUAUAUAAAAAAGUGUCUUUGUCAGAAACAAUCUUGAACAAUCUAUGGUAACAUUUUCAAAAAGUAAAUUGUUUCCAUAGAUUUUUGAGUUAUAAACGUGAGUUCCUAUGAUAUUUUAUGGUGAUUCUCUAUGGUAUCGCAGCGAUCGAUCAUUUAGCGUAAUAGGCCGGUAGAUGAAAGCUACUUCGCUGUGUUGCCAGUGCUAAAUUUUGUAGAUCGCGUAGAAGAUAUUUUUUUUCUUCACUCGUCACGGUGUCACGAGAGUCACUUUAAAGUAUUUUUUGACAAUAGCAAUUCUCAUAGCUUUAAAUUUUAGAUCACCCUUUUAUUUUUCGCUUUCCGUUGUACCGCAUCAAGAUGCGUUUUUGACAACUUUUUUUAAUUUUGUUACUUAAGUUUUCAUGUCGAUUUUAUGUGAAGCUGACUGUCCUCUUUGCUCAAUCAUUUUUUGUAUUUUGUAUCGUAAAUUUGUCUUGUUUACAUAUCAUUUUGUCGCUGUCAUUUAAUUUAACGCAACUUUUUCUUUGAUAAUAUUUUUUUUUCUCUCUUAGAAGUACUUUAUAUAUCGUCGCGAUCUUGUAAAUAUAAUUUUAAUCAUUCCUCUGUUUGAUUACCAAUUACUUACUUUCAUACCAAAAUAUACAGCCAGUAUCAUUUAAGACACUUAAAUUUCUUGUCGGAGCCUAUUUACCAUAAAAAAGUAAACCAAAUUUAAAAAAAAAGACGGCUCAUUUGAUUUGUAUUUCCUAAUUUAAAGAUCAGAUUAUCAAAAUGUAGUUAUAUUUAGUAUACGACCUAUAUAUAUAUAUUUAUUUCAUAAUAAUAGGUGAUAAUGUACACGGCAUUUGUAAAUGGACAGUAAUUAAUAUUUUUCUAAUUUUAAAACAAAAUCUAAGUGACUUUUAGGUUAUUAUUUGUCAAUAAAUUGUCCCUUCUAUACAUAAUAUCAUCAAUCGCUAUCAAUGAGCAAAAAUAUGUUUGUCUCGUUCUUUCAAUUAAUGAAAAAAUGAGACGGAGGUAUAAUAUAUUUUAACCAAUAUAGGCGAUUGAAUGUUUUAUGAAUAAGAGAGUAAGGACCCGUUUCACAGCUUGCUGAUAAAGUGUCUGAUAGUCUGUAAAUUAAAUGUUGUCUGUAAAGCUAUGUUAAAAAUUGUUUCACAAUUGCUAGAUAGGACUAACUGGCCAAUCACUUCCAACAGCUAUUUUAUCUGUCAGAUAACAAUAUGAUAUUAUAUCAGAAAGGGGUGAAACAAGCGAAAUUUUAAUUUAACAUGUAUUUCAAACUGUCAAAGUACUUUUUUCUAUAUACCUACGUUUUAUACCAAAACAGUGUGACCAGUUUAAAAAAUAAUUAGCGCCACAGAUAUUUUGCAAGCCAAAUCUAUUGUAAGUUUUUUAUAAGUGAAAAGUUGUAUAUAUACGGAAUAAUCCGGAUAUGUUGAUACAUAGAUGAAUAUUUAUUUAAAAUUGAUAGUCAAGAUAAUUUAUUUUAUUGUAAUAAAAAUCAUAAACACAUUUAUGAUGGCAACACCAAAUUAUCGUAAUUAUCAGAUUUAAAUAGAUAUUUCAUGGAUAUUUUUUUGAUGUUGCCAGUAGUAUUUUCCUGUUCUGCGUUGUUCUUUGAAAUUCUCCCCUGUAACUAAUUCGUUUUCUACCACAAAUGUUUUUACCGUUAUUUAUGUAUCAACAUAUAUCGGCCAAGCUUGUGAUCGUGUUUUUUUAUUGAAAUAAAUAAAAAGAGCGCGCUUGGCAGUGUACAGCGUUGGCAUCUAGUCGUUAGUAAUUUAUUUUCGUUUUUUUUUCGAGCGCAUCUUGUAACGACGUUGGAGGUUAGGUUAAGUUUUCAAAUAAAAAGUUAUUGAAAUAUA